UUUAUUUCUGCGUUGUCAUGUUUCACAAGGAGUUCAGAAGCUCCGAGACCGCCUGACACCACCGUUUCAUGGAUGCAUCUGAAGUUUAGGCGCGGAGACUCUUUUUCUCUGUCCCUCUAUUAACUUUCCAUUCGUAUAAAGUCAAUUAGCUAAUGUUUUUGGACAUUCAUUAUCGUUUUCAUGCGUGAGCGUCUUCUUUUGUAGAAUUUAGAGUAUUUCUUGUUGCAAAUCCCAUUCAGUUUGUCAAGAUGCAGCUCCGGACCGUCCUAGACGUUAAUGUUGUGGACGUGCUGAAGAGAAGGAAUCCCUCCAAACACUAUGUGUACCUCAUCAACGUCACUUACUCGGACUCCACUUCCCAUAUCAUCUACAGGAGAUACAGUAAAUUCUUUGAGCUACAGAUGCGAAUCCUCGACAAAUUCCCAAUCGAUGGAGGACAGAAAGACCCCAAAAAGAGGAUUAUUCCUUUUUUGCCAGGUGGUAAAGUCUUAUUUCGCCGAAGUCACAUAAGAGAUGUAGCCGUCAAAAGACUAAAGCACCUGGAUAAUUACUGCAAAGCUCUUAUGAAGCUUCCCACCCACAUUACCCAGAGUGAGGAGGUCCUAAAGUUCUUUGAGACAAAUACAGAGGACCUCAACCCUCCCAAAGAGGACUGUGGAGGAUCCGGCAAACGGAAAUCAGGUCUGGAUGCUUCGGACCCCAUGCUCCUGGAACAGUACGUGGUGGUGGCCAGUUACGAGAAACAAGAGCCUUCAGAAAUCGGCCUUCAAGCGGGCGAGGUGGUCGAUGUCAUUGAGAAGAGCGAGAGUGGUUGGUGGUUCGUCAGCACAGCAGAGGAGCAGGGUUGGGUCCCUGCUACCUAUCUCCACUCCCACAGCGGCACACGGGAUGACUUGGAGCUGGGCGCCUCCAAAGCUGGGGAAGUUACUAAGCGGCAUAAGGCUCAUCUGAAGAGGCUGGACCGGAGAUGGACGUUGGGGGGUGUCAUCAGCCGGCAGCAAAGCCGAGAAGAGAAGUAUAUGACGGUGCAGCCCUACUCCAGCCAGGGCAAGGAUGAAAUUGCUUUCGAGAAAGGAGUCAUUGUGGAUGUGAUCCAGAAGAAUCUGGAAGGGUGGUGGUUUAUCAGGUACCAGGAUAAAGAGGGCUGGGCUCCAGCCUCAUACCUGAAGAAGAUGAAGGAUGAUCUCUCUCCCCGCAAGAAGACGGUGACCGGCCCUGUGGAGAUCAUUGGAAACAUCAUGGAGAUUAGUAACCUGCUGAACAAGAAAGCCUUGAGUGAGAAAGAUGUGCAGAUUGAAGGAGUCCCAGAGAGCCCCCAAGUGGCCAAGAAGGAGAUCAGCCUCCCAAUGCCUUGUGCUGACUCCAGCCCUGUUAAUAUCCCACUAGAUGGAAAAAGUAAAGCAGAGCCUGCCUCACCGGCUAUAGCUCGCAUCGCUCCUCAUAGGGUGGAAAUUGGUUCCCCAGUUCUCAGGCAAAAACCUCCUCCCAGAAGAGACGCAACCCUGGGAUUUCAGUUGCCCUCCCCACCAGAGGCCCCUACAGUUGAAGCAGAGUAUUACACCAUUGCAGAUUUCCAGUCCUGUAUAUCUGAUGGUAUCACUUUCAAUGGAGGAGAGAAAGCAGAGGUUAUUGAGAAGAAUUCUGGUGGUUGGUGGUACGUCCAUAUCGGAGAAAAGGAAGGCUGGGCUCCCUGCUCCUACAUUGACAAACGUAAAAAGCCCAACCUGAAUCGCAGAACAAGCACUCUGUGCCGCCCAAAAGUUCCACCACCAGCUCCGCCUGUCAAAAAACAAGACUCCUCGGAGACUGCACCUCCCAGCAGCCCCGCAUCUGAAGCUCCAGAGUCCCCUGUGUCUCCAGGAAGGCUGGUGUACGAAGAGCCAGAAUAUGAUGUACCUGCCAUUGGAGAUCUGGACAUGGAGUCUGAGUUUGAGUUUCUGAGGGGAGAAGGUUCCUUGGUGGAUGUAAAAUACGGGGAAACAUCCUCAGAGAAAGGAUCCCACUUGUCCUCCAAGCCUUCUCCGGCAUCGUCACUCCAUAGUGCAUCCUUCAAGAUGUGCAACUCCUUUGAAGAUGGCCACGAGGCAGAGGGGGAGGCGGAGGCAGAGUGUAUCUAUGAGAAUGAUGGCUUUCUGCCUUUCAGGGAGACACCUGAACGGCAGUGCAGCAGAGACUCAAAUUCCUCCAAGACAAGUGUCUUGUCAGAAACUGGCAAGACUGCAAACCCGACAUCAGGGGGAUGGAGAUCUGCAGGUCACAAGCUUAAGAUAGACUUGAAUGGGAGCCCAUUUUCACCCAAAGCUAAGGAGGCAUCCAGUCCUAAAUCUGCCUCUCCUGAGUCCACCCCAGAUCUGUCUAGAACUAAGAAAGACCAAGAGGAAAGCAAGGCAUCCUUUUCCAUCAAGUCUUCCUCCAAACCAAAGCCAGUGGUGAGGCCUAAACCACAACUAGCCAAGGCCUCCAGUGCAGAGAAGAUGGACAUCAGUUCCUUGAGGAGACAGCUGCGGCCAAUAGGUCAGCUGAAGAAUGGCACCAAAACCAAGGGUGAGGACUCUGAGACAGCUUCUGUUAUUUCCUCAGAGGACUCCUUUUCUUCUCAGAGCACGUCCGAUCUCUCCUCCAUCUACUCUAAAGGCAGCCGGGGAGACUCUGAUCUGGAAGGUGGCAGCCUGUAUCGCACAACCAAUCCCUAUGAGAAGGUCCAAGAGACUGAGGUCAGCUUCCCAGCUAAUGUGGAGGUGGAAGUGCUUGAGAAGCAGGAGAGUGGCUGGUGGUAUAUCCGCUGGGGAGACACAGAGGGUUGGGCCCCGACUUACUUCUUGGAGCCAGUCAGGCAACAAGAUGACAUGGCAGGGUCUGAAUCUGAUGGCACCCCAACUAAACCUGGAAGCAUCAGCAAGUCCAACAGCCUAGAGAAGAAUGAACAAAGGGUGCAGGCGUUGAACAACAUAAACCAAAACCUUAAGAAGGUCACCCCACCCAUUCCAUCCAAGCCUCCAGGUGGCCUUUCAAAACCCAUCGGCUUGUUUGGUUCACGGAAGCAGAAUAGUACCAAACAGCAGCAGGUGGUCAGACCUCAGUCCGUCUUCAUUUCGGCCCCGAUCAGGGACGGUGCCAGCCCUGUUGGCUCUCUCAGGCGAAACGAGUCCCUCAACUCCACAGACCACCCUCGUGCCAGCCCUACGGUGCGACGCAAUGCCUCCUUCGGCACUGUGCCACGCAACUUGCCGCCAAACAACAUAGCACUACCCCAAAGGAACAGAUCUGCUAAUGGUAGCUCUGAAUCUCUUGGCCUUGGCUCUCCGAGGAAUGCCUUCCCUGUAUCCACCGUUAAACCAAAGCCCCACAUCAUCCAUAACAACCUCAAAGAGGUGUUUGUCUCCAUAGCAGAUUAUCAUGGCGAUGAGGAGACCAUGGGGUUUCCUGAGGGGACAAGUCUGGAGGUCCUUGACAGAAACCCCAAUGGAUGGUGGUACUGCAAGAUUCUGGACAGUGGCAGACCUAGGAAAGGAUGGGUUCCCUCAAAUUACCUCGAGAAAAAGCCCUAGCAAUCAUGUGUGGAGCUGGCAGAACUCUGAACGUGCGUGUAAAGACUACUCAACUGAUGCAUUUGUUUUGUGAAAAGAAAAAGAAGCAAACCCUAAGACCUUAAGUAAGGAUUGAAAUCUUACUCCGGUACCUUUUGCCAAAAUGAGCAGCCAGAUCAAAUUGUGACUUUGAAAUGAAAUGAGACAUCUGGUAAAAUGAGUCUACAUGAUACAGUACCUGAGACGUUGCAUUAGGAGCAAUAUAUCGAGACUUAGUGACGCAGCCAAAGAGAACACCAGUGAGCGGAAGAAUGAUUGAAUGAUAUUCUUCAGUGGUUACCUUUAACUUGAACUAAGAUAUCAUUUUGUGUCCAAUCUUUGAACCCCUUCUUUGUAAGUUUAUGAUGUCAUUUAAAAAAAAAAAAACGUUUUAUGCAUUUAAAGCUUACUGCAUGUUUGAAACAAUUCAUUAUACUGACAAUGCCUUGAGCUGUUGAAGUUUAACCUUUUUCUCCUCCUUUCUUUAAAGAAAAUCUCAGUUGUUGCCAAAGCUGCUUUUCGUUAGUCUCACCAUGGUGCUGUCUGUUUGCAUGUUUUUUUAUAUUUCUUAUACUGUAUGUCACCUUUUAUGUGAAAUAUUUUAUCCAAUUUAAUUGUGUUAUAUUGUUCUAACAAAACAAUUUGUGAGCAUCUCAGACUAUCACAGUAUUAUCUUACACUCUCAAUUCCUGAUGAUCUCCCCUAAAAUGUCUUACUUUCAUUUUAGGGGUUAUUUGUCCAAAUUGAAACGUCAUUUGAAAUUAUAUUUAUUCAUUCCUUAAAAAUCAUAUUAUUACUUAUUUUAUUAUUAUUAUUAUUUUAAGAAAUGUACUCGUAAAAAAAUCACAACCGCUUAAACAUUCUUAAGAACUGCUCUUUUAAUAAUAACAUUUUGAAUUUCUGCUGGGCAGUAAUUUUUACAUAACUCUUCAGCUGCAGAAGUACUGCGAUGCUCACUUUUGUUUAAUGUUAACUGUGUGACCAAUGAUGAUAAUUGAAGUGCCAAAAGAAUGAAUUCAAUAAAUGCACUUUUUAACAAUCAUAA